AUGGCGUACGGCGGGCCGACAUCUCAGCCUCCCCCAGCAUCGAUGAUGCCCACUGGUUACGGUUAUCAGAUGGUCCCUGGUAUGGCCCCUCCUGCCUACUAUGUUCCGAUGCCAGGAGCUCCUUAUGGGAUGCCGCCACAGGAAUAUGCUAUGCAAGCGGCUAUGAUGGCCCCUCCUCCACCAUCACAGUCGCAAUAUCCCCAGGGUGGGUAUCCUGGUGGUGGUAUGUAUGCUGGGGCUCCGCCAUAUGGUACUCCUAUGGAUUCCGGUGGUCCCAUGUCGGCACCACCGAUGCCUCUGCCUGGUAGUGGUCCUCAACAGCAACAACCCCCACAUAGUGCUGGGACUGUCGGUAACGCCAGUGAUACUGCCUCUGGCAUCCUGGGUGGUGAAGAGUCGCAUCUUCAACAACAACAAGCGCAACAUUUGACUGAUAAUAGUAAUGAUAAUAGUAUUCAACAAUCUAUUACCUCUCGUGGUGGUAAUCCACCUAGUGGAGGUCCUCCAAGUCACGGAAGCUCUAUGGGCCCUGGCGCGCGCCCAUUCCCUGGCCCACCUCGACGAGAAGGAUCAGCAACUUCGAUUCCGGGUGGUCGCCCUCGGAAACCAUUAACAAUUAUAGAUCCCAGUACUGGUCAGGAAGUGAAGUUGGUCGACCAACCUGCUACUACAGCAUCCAAGCCUGUCAACAGCAGCGAUAGCGAGAGCAAUGCAGUCCCUGCUACGACAACGACUAGACCGGCCCGUGUGCACUCUGAUGUCGUGGAGGAGGAGAAGUCAGGUGGAACUCGUCCCACUACGGCAGCUACCACAGGGAGGCCGGUCUCUCGACAGAAACCCGGUGCCCAGCCACCAUCUUUUGCGGCAGUUGCCGCUGGUGUCGCUGCAGCAGGGUCUUCGACUGAUGCAGCCGAGGACUCUGAAACCGUUGGCAGCCGAGCCCAGCCUCCUACGUCUCCAGCCUCUCCUACAGUGGCCCAUCAUGAUGAUUAUCGUGGUGUGAAUGACAGGAAGAAGCUCUUGAAUGCCGCUUUACGCAAGCCUCUACCGUCUGCUGCCAAACCGCCAUUGGUUGACUCCAAGCGUCCAAAAGAGCAGCAGCAAGCAGCAGUGCCUUCUACCGCGAGAGCGGAGGGAUCCUCAGAGGUGUCCGCUCAGCACGAUGACGGACAACGUCAACAGUUGCCGGCGAAGGUCGAGGAUGAGCAGUAUUCUGAGCAUGCUCUUCAACAGCAGGUCGGCUUCCUUCCAGCUGGUGGUGUUCCCCCUAUGUAUCCUAUGGGAGGCCCUUAUGGUGGUAUGCCUCCCUACGGCGCACCUUCCUAUGUAGGGCCUCAGUAUGGUGUACCAUUGCAGCAGCAACAACAGGCAAUGCCUAUGUAUCCUCAGCCGGUCCAAGGAGGUGCUGGCAUGAUGAUACCUGCCUUCCCCCAGCCAGGGCUGUAUGCUCCCACUCAGGAGGGAGAGAUGCCCUCUUCCCCACCACCAUCGGUACCAUCGGAGCCUUCCUCACAACAACAGCAGCCCUCGGCAAGUCAUGAUUCGAGUAGUAGCUCGCCACCGCCGCCGCCGCCGUCUGAAGCGUCUGCAACCAAGUCUACUACUCUGUAUGGUGGGAGGAAGCUGGCAUUCAAUAAGGCUAUUGCUAAAAAGCCUCCAACAGUAGCUGUCACCUCACCCGCUGAGGAGGCCUCUACUGCUCCUACUAGUGGUACCGCUGCGGCGGCUAAUGUGCCCAUACCGCCUCACUCGGAAGGUCCGAAUCAUCUUGGGGAAACUUCAGCUGUUACUCUCGAGCGCAAGAAGUUGUUCAGCCGUGCUAUUGGGAAGCCUAAGGUCACUGUAGCUCCUCUGCCACGGGUGGAGCCGGUUCAGGAGGCGGCAACAACGGAGGCAGUCGACGAGGGUAAACCGGAGGCUGCCUUAGAAACUCCCGUGGCUCCGAUCAAGCCGGCUAUUGCAGUGUCGCCCUCUCCGGUGGUGUCCAUCGCCAAGAAGCGUGGAUUCAAGAAUAUCCCGAUUGAGCGCUCGGCUGUUCAUCCCAGUCCAGUCGUAGCUCCACAGCAGCUUACCGCACCAGUGGAUCUACAGCAGCAGCAGCCGGUUCUUCCUGAGCCGGCAGUCGUGACCUCUUCUGAGGCAGGGCAUGCCUCCAAGGAGAAGGACAGUUGGAAGGAGACGAGCUCGUCAGAGAGCGAGGCAGUGAGAGCUGCUGAGGUCCAUGAGGAGGCUGAGGGCACUGAGGGGGGAGAAACUCCAUCGGCUGGGUCCAGUGAGGGGCCGAUUCUGGAGCCUCUACCUUACGAUGGCCCUCUUUCACGUAGCGACCUCCUCCGUAUGUUCCUUGUGGCCCCUGCAACUGAGGCCUUCCGUGGUGGUGCACGUCCGAUCAACUUCGCUGAAGAAACCCCUCCGGAGCCACUGGUCACCCUAUCUGUCGCUAGCACAAGUCAAGUACGGCAACCCGGUGGUGGCUCUGCUGGUGGUCUAAGACGGCAGACUAGUAAGGGCAUGAUGGCCCAACGACAACAGGGUGGUGGUCAUCAGCACAUGGGCACCGCUGACUGGCGGAAGGACAUGCUCGGUCCUCAAGCCAUGCGAGAUAAGUAUAAUCGUCAACAGAGUCGACAACAGUACAAGCGGUUCAACGCUCCAGUAGCCCCACUGAAGGUCACUGAGCAUGGUUAUAAGGUGGCAGCGAAGCUUGAGGAUGUAUCCCCUCAAGAGAAGCUUCAUCGUCUGGUUAUGUCCAACCUCAACCGUAUCACCGCUGAGAACUUCAUGCAGGUCACUGCUAGCCUGGCAGAGUUAGGGAUUGAUGAGGGUUGGAAGCUCGAGUUAGUGGUACGGACCAUCUUCGACAAGGCCAUUCAGGAGAGCUACUACUGCGAGAUCUAUUCCGAUAUGUGUAUGCAACUCCGACGGGUGCUGCCAGAGUUCGAGGGUGAUGACGUCAACACACCCAUGACUUUCACAAGAGCUCUUAUCACUAAAUGCCAAGAGGAGUUCGAGGCCUUGCCAGUGGAUCUAGCUCCGACACCGGAGGAGGAGGCCAAGGCCAACGGUGAUGCCCAAGAGUUGGAGGUCAUCCGCUCCAAGAAGAAGGAACGUAUCCUGGGCAACAUGAAGUUUAUUGGGCAACUCUUCCUACGUCAACUACUGAGUGCCAAGGUUAUCAAGGAGGUCGUUGGUCAACUCAUUUUCCGGUCGGAUGAGCCUGAGGAGCACUACAUUGAAUGUGUUUGCAUUCUAUUGCUGAACAUCGGGUCAACUCUAGAUCACUAUGAACGUGGUCGCGAGAUGUGCACUAGAUUCCUCAGUCGUCUGAGGGACAUUAAGAGGUUGGACUACCCUAGUAGGCUCAAGUUCAUGAUCCAGGAUCUCAUCGAUAACAGGAGUCGAGGCUGGGUGGACCGACAGGGCAAUCCUGUUGGUGGUAGAAGCAAGAAAGCGGUGAAGUCCGUUACGCUACAGGGCCAAGAGGACACUAAGCGGCAGGCUAAGCUCGAUGAGGCCCGACGGAAGAUGGAUGAACUUGCCAUUGAGAAGAAGGAGCAGAAGGAGGCUAAGGAGAGAGAGCUACAGGAAGCACGAGCUUUCAAGGUCGAUAAGUUCAAGAAUUCUAGAGACUACUUCCACGAGGACGGUGACCUCACUUCGUUUCUCAACGACAUAACUACUAUGGUCCAGAACGAUCCGAGCUGUCCCUCCAAGAUGGCUGAGAAUCUGAUCAACUGGGGAGCGGAGGAUCCACGUAAAGCGUUCAAGGAUGCUGAGCUCAUCGUUGAGCUGGUCCGGCGUGGCAUUGUCCCUUUCAAGGUCUUGGACCUGGUUUUGCGAGGCAUCCUCGAGGUUCUAGAUGACGUCGCUAUGGACUUCCCUAAAGCGCCUGAAUUCUAUCAUCGACUAUUUGCACUACUUCUCAUUGGUGAUUACUCGGUGGAAGGCGGUCCGAGCGAAUUCGACCCGCAGUUGAUACUCUCGUGGAAGGUCCUUGCUUCCGAUGAGCGGUCGUUUGAUCUUGCCGUGAAGGUGUUGGAACAAGCCAAGCAUCUUGCUGGCAUCGCCGGUGUCCAACAGGGUUUGCAUUUCCUUCGUCCGCUGAUGAAACGGAUGAAGCAUUUGGAGCCUUCUGAUGACCAGGACCUUGACCAGAUGCUCGACGAGAUUGGCCUUCUGAAGGAUGAGACCGAGAGUAUAGUCAACAAGCUCAGCGCUGAAUUGAAGAGUAAAGAUUUUGAUGCAGCAAUGAGGUUGAUCAGUGAGGAGGUUCCGGGUGAUUUGCUCGGUGGUAGAAAUGCGCUAUUUGAGCGAAGGGUGAUCUUAGCGUUAAUAUCCAACUUGCGUCUGGCAUGGUCUAAGGACUCUUGGACAGUUCGGCUGAAGCCCGCAGAAAGCCUCCUACGUACGGUCUGUGGUACAGGCACUGAGACUGGUGUUGGCAGCCCUAACAACCGGGAGCUCCACAAUCAGAAGCGCCUCAUAGAGUCUCUCGCUAAUGCCAUCUAUGAUGCCCGACUGCCGUCUAAGGACGUUGCUGGGGUAUAUCAGGCAUUCAUGGACUUGGGUCUAAUACGACAAGUGGUGCUUCAAAAUUGGUAUUCCCAGACCUCUACCGAGUCGGAGCAUGAGGUUCGGAAGUUCGUAGCGGAAGGUGUGAAGCGUAUCGUGAUGGCUCAGAGUAGUGAUGGUGAGACUCCACCGGACAGCUCCGCUGAGUCAGUGCCCUCUCCCUCUCCAUCUGCUACUCAAUAG